CCACAAAAAAAAGUUAUUCAAAACUAGAAUCCUCAAUUCAGACUGCUAUAAAUCAGAAUCUUUACAAAAAGUUAAGAAUUGUAUAAUUUAUAUACCCAACAUAAGUGAAACGGUUACAAAGAGUUGAAAUCCGAAAAGUCUCAGUGUUUUGUAGACAUCACAUGUAGAGUUCUUAGAGGAGAAAAAGAAUUCAAAAUAUUGUGGAUAGAUUUUCUUUUAUACGCACAUUUUUCAACUAAAAUUAGUUUUUCACAAUGCCACGAUCAAGAACAAGUGAUAGUUUUAAAACGCGUAAGGACAUUACACCGAUUGCCGAUACAGAUUUAUUUUUCCAAACAUUUGAAAAGCCCACACAGAUUUACAGAUAUCUUAAAACGAGAUUUAUUUCAUCGCCAUUAUUUCUUCAUAGAACUCUCUCAUAUAUGAAGGGUAGGACAUCGAGGAAUAACAAAAGUAGAGCUGAAUUUAAAGUUAAUGAUAUUCUAUCAACAAUUCAGAAUAAGGAUCAAAAACCAAAUGAAAAUGAGAAUCUUAUAAUUGGCUUCCUUAGCUUUUAUGAUUCACAUCUGCAAACUAAUUAUGUCAAAGUUGAGACAAAACUUGAAAAGAUUUCGUAUAAGCGACGAAAAGAGUCAGCAAUGACACAGAAUCAAAUAAGAAUUGGUGAAUCUAGGGUUAUUGUCAAUACUGAUAACAAUGGAACUGAUAAAUUACCAGCUGUUUGUGUAUCAGCAACAGAAUUUGAUCGUCUUGGCGAUAAUGUCCAGACAACUUAUCAAUUGACAUUUGAUAUAGAAUCACAGCCAUUUACGGGUAGUACAACCGAUGAGCCUUCAAACAAAUAUACAUGCUAUAGUAAGACAUACCAUGCUGAAUUGCCAGUUUUUGAUAAGCAUGGACGUAAUUUAUUAGUUAAUGGAUUGUAUCAUGUGACUGCAUUAGAAAGACAUGCAUUUCGUCCAUCACACAUGCUGUGUUGGGAGAAUUUUCCGAGUGAGGCUGAUCAACAUAUCGCUGACUGGGCGGAGGAGGUGAACAAGUAUUAUUUUGCUGAAGAGGACUCGAAUCCAUUUGUGACAUUUGAUAAAACGCCAAAGAUACAAUUGUAUAUGGAAUGGACACGCUCGAAAAUUACUGGAAAUAAUUAUAUUCCGAGACCAAAAUUCAUAACUGAUCAACAUAAUAAUAAUAAGGAGAAUACAUCAACUGUUAACGGAACUGCCACAACUGGAACAGUUAAUGGAUCUUUAUUAAAUGGACAUGAUAAGAGUGAAUUGCAGCUUGUGGAGAAGAAGGCAUUCAUAUUUCAAUUUAUUGUCAAUAACAGUACCAAGCAACGUACCGAAGAGAGAAGUGACUUUAUAUGUCCAUGGUGUUCACUGAACUGCAUUAGAAUAUACUCACUUAUAAAGCAUUUAAAGCUAUGUCACGCUCGACUUCUUUUUCAAUAUGUUGAAGAUGCCGGAAAGGCAAGAGUGGAUGUCUACCUCAAUGAACUUUAUGAUGGUUCAUAUAGCGGUGCACCGCAUGACAUCUUACUCGGUUCGCAACGUCAAAAUGGUCCGAGUCGACGAAAUGUUGUCACAAAUAUCAUGGUCUUCAGACCUCGACGUCCUACAUUUAAAAUGAGUGAAUUUCAGGAGGUCGACGAUGGUGAACUUGAACAGCAAAGACAAUAUAUUAGUGGACAUAACCGAAUUUAUUAUCAUAGCGAGACUUGCAUUCCUAUUAUGCCGAAAGAACUGGAUUAUGACUCUGAGGGUGAACCGGAUCCAAGAUGGCUUCAACGUACCACAAAGCAAAUGAUUGACGAAUUCACAGAUGUAAAUGAAGGAGAAAAAGAGCUUAUGAAGUUAUGGAACUUGCAUGUUAUGAAGCACGGUAAAUCUUCAAAUCAUUCCAGAUUCGUCGGUGACUGUCAAAUUGCACUCGCUUGUGACUUGUUUCUUAAAGAAAAGGGAGCAGAAUUAUUAGAGAAAAAUUUAUAUCGUAAUUAUGUCGUGCAUCUCUCAUCGAUGUUUAAUUAUGGACUAAUUUCACCUCAAACUAUCAUUGGCAAUAUUCGUAGGCUAAAUGAAAUGCUUAAGGACGAUCAGGAUGAAAAUGGAAAACUAAAAGCAAAUCGAAAGGCUCAUGUCGCUAAGGCAAACAUUAAACCAGUAGUAACCAAGAGGGAACCAGAGAAGUCAGAAAGUCAAGACUCAAAAGAAUCAUCAAACACAAAAGUUAAUCCAAAAGACGAAAAGAAAGGAGGUAAAGUGGACAAAGAGAAAGCAACUGCCAAAGUACCAUCAAAACAUAAUGAAGUCAAUGGACAUACUCCAAAUUCAAAGCAUAAGGGGAGUCUUGCAUUAAAGAGGAAGCUGUCGACGGCAUAGUUGGAUGUCCUUUAUGUUAUGCACUGCAUAUGAUUUGAUGUUGUUUUUCUUAUUCACGGUUUUAUUUUAUCAUUUUUUCGCUUAAAUAAUUUAAAGUAAAUUUUAGCUACGUAUAAAGAAAUUUAGUUCCAUUUAUAAAUUGAAUUUUGUACACUUUCAUAGAAAGACUAUAACACGAAUGAACUUAAUGCCAUUUCUUCUAUAAUUUUUUAAGGAAGUUCACAAACUAAUUCUCUUUCUUAAUAUAAUCGAUUAUUUUAUAACCUAAUUUGUCAUCUUAGCGAUGAUUAUCUCAAAAUUUCUUCACAUUUGUCGGACUGUCCUGAAAAGCACUGUUUGUAUUGCUUGGGGAUGUCAAAAUCAUGUUUAGCAAUGAAUUCUUGUAUAGAAAUUAAAAUGAAAAAGAAUAUUCAAAGAAUGAAAAAUGUUUAAUAAAGGAAUAUUUAAAAUUCUAUUUUUUACAUAAUCAAGUAAGAGAUACGGUUCGUGAUUUAUUAAGUAAGGAAGAUUUGAAUUAUCCCAAACGCACGGAACAAACGAGUGAAAACAGGACUUUGUUGGAAUUUGAGUAAGUGAUCGCAACACAGAGGAAACAACAGUAAGCGUACCCUUAAGUCUCUUAUGCCAUAGAGUUAAGAAAACUUUCCAAUAUUUUUUGAUUGAGAAUUGAACCCAACCUCUUGAGAUUUCAGAUUACAUGUGCCCAAUCUAGUUUUCCAUCUAAUCUUUUGAAAGUUCCUUCAUAUCUUGACAAAGUGCCAAUUUGAAAUGCUGUUAAUAAUUUAUUUGGAACUAUCAAUGAACAGCUAAAUUUUGGAACCUCCAAAAGAACCAGUUUCGUAAAAUCAACAUCAGAAAUUUCAGUUUAUCAGAUAAACUCUCUGAAAGCAUAUUUGACUAUUUUUAGACUCACUUUAAUCCAGUAUCAACUGAUUUGCAUAUCAGAUAAACUGAGAACAUAUUCCGCUCAAUCUUGCUGGAUGUUCUCUCACUUUAUC